UCAUUUCUGAAGAUUAAGUAUACCAGCAAGGCCCCUGAUGCUAAGAUUUCUGUGUUAUCAAUGACCGAAGACCCCAGCAUGUCUGUGUUGUGCCGCUUUCCAUUCAGCUGGGUUCUGAAAACUCGCCUGGAUGAGAUAUGGGAGACAGUCCAUCGGGUGAAAGAGUAUCCAAAGGACCCUACUGUGGACUCUGCUGAGAUGUUUCAAAGCUCUAUCUUGAAUAUGCCAGUGCCAGAUGGCAAUAGUCCAGAAAUGGUUCAGUGUUAUGCCAGUGAUUUUGUGAGGAUGGCUUUUCCAGGGCAAGAUGUUCAGGUUUAUGAGAUUUUGUCAAAUGUUCUCAUAACUGGUGCGAAGCGGCUCUGCGCCUCUUUGGCACCUGACAAUGUGGGGUUUUCCCUGGUUUGGCUGCACAUUGAAUAUUUCUACCUACAAGAGAAUUAUCAGCUGUUCAUCAAUUUAGUAAAGAAUGAAGAGACUCUAGCCAAUGAGCUGCAGAAAGUUUAUAAAGAAGACACAACUAAAAUGUUUAUAGCUCUUGAUGCUGUGAACAUCAUCCUGAAGCAGCUGCAGCCCACAGAGAAGGAACUUCUGCCAUUCAACGCCUGCCUCACCUGGCUGAAAAGGAUCAAGUCCAUUAAGCACACUGUGGAGCUGAUCACGUCGGACGACUACCAGAUGAGACUUUACCGUAACAAAGAAGAAUUAUUGAACAGCGUAUUACACCAAUGGAAUUGCACCAACAUCGUCUACCUGCUCAUCGAUCACCUGUUACACGAUGAAACCAACGUGGACGAGAAGCUGCUAAAGGUCGUUGUGAAGCAGUUUGUCUUCCUCUGGAAUCUAUUGUACAAAAUUGAAGACCAUAAACCAGCAAAGAUUUUUGAAGUCGUGACAAAAUUGCUGAAGAGAUGCAGCAACAAUGCUGCUACCGUCUAUCUUGUGAAGGGUGUGAACGAGUGCAAAAGCUGCCAGAAUGAGAUCACUGACCCGGCUGAGCUGCCCUGCGGUCACAUUUUCUGCACUCAGUGUAUCUGGGAGUGGAACAUCAGGCAGUGCAAGAUCUGCAAGGAGAGCGUCCCUGAGGAUUACGUGCCCACUGCCUCCCAGAUCACCAGGGAGGCAGUUGCAAGUCACAACAAAUUCAGGAGGAAGUGCAACUCCUUCUUUGUGGAGUUUGUCGGUAGUUACUGUUUUGGGGACAAAAUCCCUCCAUCUGCAGAGAUCAUCAAACAACUUAUUAAAUUUGUGGCCUGCAAACCUUCUAACCCAGAACAUCAAGAGAUUAGAAAGGUGUACAAACCAACGAGUGACUUGUCGCCCUUUGAAGAGUGCAUGGACCCGAGUCCUACUGUCAAGUCUUCCCUUUUGAAAAUGCUGCUCCGAUGCAGACUAGACGAUGUGAAGGAACACCUGGAAGGCUAUCUCUCCAGGAUGGAGGAAGUAUUAUCAUUAAAUCAAAGCAGUCGUGAUGAUUUCUAUUUCAUGGUAGUGUGCUGCUUUGAAGAUUUUAUGUAUUCCUCCUUUCAAGAAGACGCCAGCCAGAAUUCGGAGAACUUGCUCUGCACUGCAGAUCUGUCUGCUCCCAGCUCUGCCACCGUCACCAGCAUUGAAAACCUGCAGUUCAUUGCUAAGCUCCGACUCGCCAUCAGUAACGUUGCAGCUGUGCUUGGCAGAGAGCUGCCAAGUGCUGCAGACCAGAAAACAUGGACCAGUGCUGAAACUGCAGAGAAACAGUCCCAACUUGUGAAUUCCAUGAAAAAUCUGGUUGAAAAGGCCCAAACACCUUGGCCUCAAAUAUUCCUUAUUAGAAAUCUUCGUAAUUUCUAUGGGAUGAACAUAAUGCAGAAGAUUCUUCGGCGAGAGCCAUGGAUUUUACUCAGAGGGAUUGAGACUUCACAGGACAUAAAAAUCAGCUCCAAUACACCAUUGAUGCUUGUGACUCUAGACAGAGCAAGAGUCCACAUUAAAAACACAGACUCUGAAGAAGCCAAGCAAAUAACAGCCAUCACAAAGCACAUGGAGAGGCUCCUACAGGCAUCGCUGCCCUCAGAAGAAUCCGUGGAAAACAAAUUGGAAAAGAUCAUGAGUGACGUGAGCAGCCAGGAGAACGCAGCCCUGCUGGAAGUGGUGCUGCAUACUGCUGUCACGCUGACCUUGUCCCAGCACCCACUCACCGAGCUAUUCAAAUCCAUCUGCUUCCAGCCCAGCGCUGUCAAGGCAAGCUACCUUCCAACCAUGCCGAGUGACCUUCUCUUUGAUGUGACAAAUUGGAAAAACACUGCCAUGGCAGAUACAUUGUGGAGAUGCCGAUGCGGGAAGUACUGGAGCAUUGAAAAUUGCGGACGGCCCUGGGUUAUUAUCAAGUGUCUGUGUGGCUCCGAGGUUGGUGGGACUCUUCACAGCCCCAUGGAGGGAUUUGAGGAAGUAGAUACCACGAAGGAUAAAACAGAGAGAGGCUACAUGCUGGGGAAUCCGUCCGCACGGAACAAUGAGACAGAGAGGGAUCUGCCUGCAGCCGCAGUCUGCAUUGCCAGAGCACUGCUCCAUUCUUCAAUGCUCCUGGGGACUUUUACCGAUAGACAGUCCAUUUUGGAGCUAAUGAAAGUGAAGCCGAAAGAUGCAGAAAAGUUCUUUUGUGACCACCUUGAAAAAGACAUCCAGUUCCUAGCAGAGUCACUUAGUGGAAACAUAGACGAUGCAACGAUGACAGUCCACCUGUUCCUCAGAUACAUCCUCGACAGCACAGCAGACACAAACAUGACCAUUAAAUGUAUGCAUGAAAAAGAAGACAGAGUACGGUGGGAAAGCUGCUUAAAAGCCAUAACUCAGUCGUUCUUCCAGGUGCUGGAGCAGAAACUUGCUUCUGCAAAGCAGCAGAUUGUAGAGGAGGGAGCUCACCGUUCAAAUGUUCUCCUGAAAGUAGCCUACGGCCAGUCCCCGCCUUUCAGCCACCUGCCGACCUGCGGGCUGAUCAACAUGCCCUGCAUGUGGAGAUUUGAACAGAGGAUGACAGUCCAGCGCCUGACCCAUCUGGUGCAGCAAGAAAAUGGAGAAAACCAGUUCCCUGUGCUCCUGGAACUCCUGUCCAAGCACCAGCACAUCCGACAUGUACAGUACCUGCCUGAAAUUCUCACUCUGCAGCGCUCUCUGAUCCACUGUUUCCAAAACGGCGAUAUACACGAAGGUGAAAGGCUUUCUGUGAGAAACUUCUUGGAACGGGACGACCUCUCAGAUGAUCAGCGUUUGACUUUCAAAAGAGCCAUACAAACUGUUCAGAAAGUGUGGAACAAUAUAAGAUCAAGUCCCAGAAGCUCAGAAAUCAGUAUCCCUGACGAACUGUGGUGCAAGGAGAUCAAAGAUGACACUGCCAUCCUGGACCUCCUGCCAACCACUCCAUCCGUAACUUACAUUGUUACAAAGUUCUUAAUACAGCUCCAGAACAGCUGUAUUGACACAGUUGUUCAACUCACUAAGGAAAAGGAAAGGUCUAUUUCAGCGGAAGAGGUGAAGCAUGUCUCUGUGUUAAGUGUUACCGAGAGCGACUUAAUCACCAUGGCGCUGUUGAACUUCCAGUACGUGCUAGAGGAAGAUGGAACCAAAACCACCCACUAUAACUUUCUGACUCUGCAGAGGCAAGUGAUUCACCGCUUCAUCAGCGGGAAGCCCGUCGUGAAAGCCCAGACAAUUCCGUCCAUUGCACUGAACAAUGUGAAGACUCUGCACUCCACGAAAGUUAAGGUUAAAGAACAAUUGCGCCAGGAACCACUGAGCGUGAGUCUGAUGAAACGCAUCAUGGAAGAGGCCAGCCCAGUGAGUGACAUUUCCAGAGCACUCUCCACCCUGAAAGUGGCUGCGGAGUUCCUGGCCGUGACUGGAGGGGACCCGGAGCGGCUCCUGACUGAGUAUGUCAGAAAUGAGCUGAAGAUGGAGGCUAAUGCAAAACAGUUCAGAGACUUACCGGUUGUCCCACAAACCCAGCUGAAGCACAUCCUGUCUCUGUGGCAGAUCCUCUCAGCAAAGAGAUCAGCGCUACUUGUACAAAUGAAUCAGAAUCCCUUCUUCCUGAUAGACAAGGGCUACCAUGACGAGCUGGCUGACCAGGAGAGGGAGGAGCUAACAACGGCAUUAUCCACUGUCAAUAUUGAGUUCUUUAUCAUCGAGCUGCACGAAAUGAUCACAGUGACAUUACAAAGCUACGAAAACAGUUGGGGGAUAGUGGAGACCUUUAAAGAAUAUUUAGAAAAAGAGGGAAAAGAGGAAAUUUACAUUAAGAAUCUGACCAGCGCUGUGAGCCUGAACCUUCAGCUGACGAACGUCAUUUCAGUGUGGAAAACUGCUGUGCUAAUCAACAAAACAUACGCCUGCUCCUACAUCCAUGAGUGAAUGGGUCCUUGAAUUGUUUCCUGUGGAUACCAGAACCAAUUACUGCACCCAGCCUGUAGUCCACAGCGAUUUAGGAAGAGGAGUUUCCUUGAGGAGUGAGUCUCGUUGAAUCACCAGGCCGAUGCAUCACUUGAAUCAAAAUAAGCCUUCAAUCAGAUCUAAGUGGUGCCUGGGCCUGGGCAUUUGAGCUGAGAUGUUAUGGGCAUGACCAGCUAUGCGAGUGUUGCUAUGCGCGUUGCUUUCUGCAAGCGGCUGAAUUUCAUCCACUGAGACCUACAAAUGGUGGGCAGGAUUCUUGUGCCACUAUGGCCUUGUCAACAUGUGGUGCUUCAACGCUGCCAGUCUAGAGAAGUGGAGUAAGCGAUACCUCUGUAAGUGCACUGAUCUGUAAGGGGAAGCACUGGAGCCCAGUGGCUAGAGCGGGGGAGUGGGACCCAGGAGUCCUAUGUUCUGUUCAGUAAAAUGGGGGAAAUGACACUGAUCUGUUACAUAAAGUGCUGUGACAUCUGCAGAUAAAAAGCGCCAGGUUCUAUCAUACGGGUGUAACUGUCCCCAGCCUAGGGCUGGCCCGGGUAUAGCUAUUUUGUAAAAUGAUCACACUCCUCACUGACACGGUUACACCAGCACAACUUCUGAGUGUCGGCCAGGCCUUGCACUGAGCAGUAACCACUGGAGGCAGCGGGGCUGGUUCUCAGCCUGGCCACUCCUGCAGUCAUUUGUGCCUGAGCAAAGCGCGUGUAAAAUGCCACCAAAUCAGAAGGGUCCUUGCAGCCACGUUGCUCUCUCUUGGCUUGAGGACAACACAAGGUGCGAAGCAGAGGAGAAGACAAAGACCCCAUGGAUAACAGAGCAUUAGGCCCCUAAUUUUUAAAGUCUUUGAUGAAUCAUCUCAGUCAGGGAUUCUCAGACUUGGUCCGAAUCACCCUCCGUUGUAUUCUAGCUCUUGUGCUUUAGCAGAUGGAAUCAUCCCCCGUUCUUUCGGGCAGUGUCAUGGCAUGCACCGUACUACAGACUCUGUGAUCACAGUGGUCCCUUCUGGCCUUACAAUCUGUGGGUCUCUGCUCAGUGCUUUGCAGCUACAUGAAAAUUAUAUGUUAGAAAAAAUAUUUGCAACUAUAGUUUUCUGCCUUGCUUCAAUGCAGAAAUUUCCCCGUC